AUGAGAUCAACGACCUUGUUGAGCACGGUAAAGAUCCACAACGUCUCACUUAAAGCAUCAGAGCAAGAUAUUAGUGAGUUCUUCUCAUUUUCUGGUGAGAUUGUGCAUGUAGAAUUGAAAAGUUGUGAUGAGCGGUCGCAAUCUGCCUACAUCACGUUUAGAGAUAAUCAAGGAGCAGAGAGGGCUAUGCUUCUUACGGGAGCGACUAUAGAAGAUAUGGCUGUCAUCAUCACACCAGCCACUGAUUACAAGCUACCAGCGUUUGUUUUAGCUGAUCUAGAGUCAAAAAACACUGGUGGCAUGGAAUCUGCUCUUCAGAAGGCUGAGGAUAUUGCAGUUUCUAUGUUAGCCAAAGGGUUUGUUCUCGGCAUGGACACAGUUGAAAAAGCAAAGGCUUUCGAUGAAAAGCAUCAGCUCACAUCAACUGCAACUGCCAAAGUCGCUUCCCUUGACAGGACAAUGGGCUUAAGCCAGAAGUUCAGCACCGGGACCUUAGUGGUGAAUGAGAAAAUGAAGGAGAUGGAUGAAAAGUACCAGGUUGCAGAGAAGACCAAGUCAGCAUUAGCUGCAGCCGAACAGACUAUCUCUACUGCUAGUUCUGUCAUCAUGAGUAACAGGUAUGUCCUUACAGGUGCAGCAUGGGUAACUGAUGCCUACAACAAGGUUGCAACCACUACAACUGAUGCUAGCAAGUCGAUAAAGGAAAGGAUGAUGGCUGAGCAGGAGGGAGCCAAUCAGAGCGGUGAAACCACAAAAGUUGAUUUGCUUGAAAUCUCUGAAGCGGAUGAGAAAGAGUGGAAGCGCCAUAAAGAUGACUCUACAAAGAACGUCGUUCAAGAAAGUCCUGAAAUGACUUGUCAGGAGAGUGAGCAUCAGGCGGGUGAACGUCAAAUGACUAAUGUAGCAGGUAACUCGAAAACGGGUAUAGAGGAGCAGAAAAAUCACGAGGGUGAAAUAGCAGUAGUAUCCCACAUGCAAGAAAACAUAGAUACAGCUGAGAAGGAUCCUAGCUGCCACGAGAGUGAAGUAUCCAAGGCCAAUGUCCAUGAUAGCGUUCUAAUGACAAAGCAAAGUGAGCGAGAGCAUAAUCAACCCGAAGGUGAAUUUGCAAACACUCAUGUCCCAGGAAGCCCUGUCACUAUUCUGGUCACCGUGUCCACUAUUGACAGGAACUCUAGCAACGGUCCCAAGAAGCCUGAUUCUGCUGAGGGUUUUCUAUGA